AAACGAUACUAUGGAACAACAGGCAACAACUUUCCAUUCCGCUCGAGUGAUGAAUUGACAACCUCAUUUCAAUUCCCAAUGACGUAAUACAUACAAGCCCAACUAACGACUUUCUCACCACCGGUGCCUACCGUCUCAAUCGCCGCCUCACGACACAAUCAUGCCGCCCCUCCGCCCACUCUCCUACCUCCCACUCCGGCGUUUCGCUACCGCCUCUCCAGGCCCCGGCACUCCCGCCUUCCAAGUCUUCAACCGCCACACCAAGCUCCUGCAACGCCAGCGCGCCGCCAUCUCCCCGCUCUCACGAACAACCGACUACCUGCGCGACCACGUCGCCCGCGAUCUCGUCGAGCGCCUACUUGUGAUCAACCGUCGCUUCCCACGCAUCCUCGACCUCGGCGCGGGGGCCUGCAACAUCGGGCGGGCACUUACGCUUCCGGUCGGCGAUGGGGAGGGGCAGCCGGGCGAGAAGGUCGGAGACCGGGUGGAGAAAUAUGUUGCCGGCGAGGUCUCGGAGAAGCUGCUGUACCGCGACGUCGACGCGGACUGGAACCGCAACAUCGACGUGGAGCGCGUGGUCAUGGAUGAGGAGUCGCUGCCGUUCGAUGAGGGGAGCUUCGAUGCGGUGGUUUCGGCAGGGAGUAUGCACUGGAUCAAUGACCUCCCGCGCGCAUUGAGGGAGGUGAAUAGAGUGCUGAAACCGGAUGCGCCGAUUGUUGCGGCGAUGUUCGGCGGUGAUACGUUGUAUGAACUCCGGACGUCGCUGCAGCUCGCCGAGCAGGAGAGGAUGGGCGGUGUUAGUCCGCGGGUAAGCCCGCUGGCCGAUACGAGGGAUAUGGGUGGGCUGCUGGAUAAGGCGGGAUUUAAGCUGCUGACUAUUGAUGUGGAUGAUGUGGUCAUUGAUUUUCCCGACGUGUUUGCGCUUAUGCUGGAUUUGCAGGCGAUGGGGGAGGGGAAUGCAGUCCUCGGCAGGAAAGAGGGGCAGGUGUCUCGGGAUGUGCUCAUGGCUGCUCAGGGGAUUUAUAAGGCGCUCCAUGGGAAUGAGGAUGGGAGUCUGCCGGCGACGUUCAGGGUCAUCUACAUGGUUGGUUUGCUCCAUAUCAUCCAGAAGAUCUUGCUGCUGACAGUGGACAGAUUGGUUGGAAGAAGGGCGAGAACCAGCCGAAGCCGAUGGAGAGGGGGAGUGCACAGUUUUCGCUGAAAGAUGCCCUGGACAAGGACAAGAACAAAA